AUGCCGUUAAUCAACGAAUCUCAUGACUCACUGCCAUAUGUUGACGCGGCGCCCACUGCGUCUGCGCGAGCGCGAGCGCAGCAGCUCAUCAACGCAGAGCUAUCCCCGGAGCACGCCUCGACAAUGCACCCCUGGAUCCCGGAAGCGCCAGAACCCAAAUUUUCCCAACUCAUGCAACAAGAACUCUCGCGCAAAGCGCAAGGAGCACCUCUCACAGGCGGAAUUGAUCUAUCCCGUUACGAAGCACCAGAGGCCCCGACUCGCGCAUCAGACCAGACGCCCGAUCUAGAAAAAUGGAAUGAGACUUACAAGAAGGCAUGUGUGUCAAGGAUGUACCUGACUAAGCGCGAGGAGAACCUGGCUCUGCUGGAAGAGCAUGGCAAGAACGCCUGGCUGGUUCACAAUUCGCAGAAUGAGGAGAUACUCGGUUCUACUGAGAAGGAGUUGGCAGAGACGAAGGAGGCUUCUGAAGAAGUGAACAAGCAGAGAAAAAUUGCACAGGAGGCGAGCCAGGGUGAGAUAGUCAGUCUGGAAGAGACGUGGAAGCGUGGCCCUGAAGCGAUUCUUAAUGUUGAGCUGGCAUCUGAGGCUUUGCGCAUGCAGAAUCUUGACUAUAGGCGUCAAAUGGCUCAGCAGCAGGCUCGCUAA